AUGAUGUUCGGAUCUCCGGCUCUCUCAUUCAUCGCGCUUCUCUGCCUCGGAUGUUCGGAUGCGGCUCCUGGCAGCUCAUUUACGCACGAUGUGAUGAUAAAACAUCGCCAGAUUUCAUCCAGAGCUGUUUCCCAGUCCAGUCCGGCCACUGCCGCAUUCGCCGGGUUAACACCAGCGCCCACCGUCCUGUCCAGCGGCCAGACUGUCACCACCAUCGAGCCUCCCACCACAGACCCCACCACACCAGCACCAGAGCGCAUCUAUCAGGGACAGGAUGCUGCACUGGACCACCAGAACCCAAAUCCAGUUUAUGCCAGGCCCUUGGUGCUACAGAGACGAUCUGUCUCAGUGUCUGAUAAAGCUCAGGACGCAGCAGUCAGGCCUGAUCUUAUCAGCACAUCAGACAAAUCCCAAGAGCUGGUGUGUAACUGCAGUGCGGAGGGUGUGUUAGAGCCGGACGAGUGUGACCGGGAUACAGGACAGUGUGUGUGUGUGGCCGGUUACACCGGGCUGCAGUGUGAGGAGUGUGAGGAGGAUCACUUCAGUAACGGAACCAUCGGCUGUCUGCCCUGUGGCUGCGACUCCUUCGGCGCUGUCGGCCCCGGAUGUGACAGUUCAGGAACGUGUGUGUGUAAGACGGGAGUUUACGGCCCCAAGUGUGACGACUGCCAUCCCGGAUUCUUCCACUUCAGCAGCUCAGGGUGCCAGCCGUGCCAGUGCAACCAGCACUCCACCUACUGCCACCCACAGUCCGGUGUGUGUAUGGACUGUCAGGACAACACUCAGGGACCUAACUGUGAGGAGUGUGUUCCACGCUUCUACCGAGCACCGGGCGGCGCUGUGACGGGCCGCUGUGUGCCCUGUCCCUGCGCUGGGCACAGCUCAUCAGGAACCUGCCACCUCGACCCCAAAGGGCAUCCCGUGUGCGACGAGUGCAAGUCAGGCUUCACGGGGCCCACGUGUGACACGUGUACGGACAGCUUUUAUAAAUCAGGAGACGCGUGCAGGCCAUGUGACUGUAACGGUAAUGCUGACGCCCAGUCUGCACCUAAGAUCUGCCACCCAGAGGACGGACACUGCCUCCAUUGUGCCAACCACACGGCAGGCGCACACUGUGAGCUCUGUGCUUCUGGGUACACAGGGAACGCCCUCGCUCACAACUGCACUCUGAGAGCCGUGAGGCUCCUGCCAGCUUCAACAAGGACGCCCGUCGCCCUCCACACACCCUCUCCUGCACCUCCAUCAUCCCUGCUCUUCACCUCCUCAUCGUCCACUGGACCAAGCCAAGCCCCGCCCCUGCAGCUAGCGCCGAGAGACCCCACAUCCAGCAACAGCACGGCCUCGGCGCUCGCCGUGGUUUCUUGGACGCAGUUUAACGUCAUCGUCCUGGCCGUCAUCAUCGUGCUGUUGGUGGUGCUCAUGGGCUUCGUGGGCGGAGUUUACACCUACCGCGAGUACCGCAACCGCAAGCUCAAUGCGCCCUUCUGGACCAUCGAGCUCAAGGAGGACAACAUCAGCUUCAGCAGCUACCACGAUAGCAUCCCGCACGCCGAGCCUGGAGGCCUGCUGGAGGAGGAGCAGUGCGCCGUGCCGGUCAACGGCCAGCUGGUGAUCGGUGCCACGACUAACGCGUACAAAGCGUGAUCGAUCGGCU